AUGUCUGGCCGCGGCAAGCAAGGGGGGAAGGCGAGGGCCAAGGCGAAGUCGCGGUCCUCGCGCGCCGGCCUCCAGUUCCCCGUCGGCCGCGUGCACCGCCUGCUCCGCAAAGGGAACUACGCCGAGCGGGUGGGCGCGGGAGCCCCCGUUUACCUGGCCGCGGUGCUGGAGUAUCUCACGGCUGAAAUACUGGAGCUGGCGGGCAACGCUGCCCGGGACAACAAGAAAACGAGGAUCAUUCCCCGUCACCUCCAGCUGGCGGUUCGCAACGAUGAAGAAUUGAACAAGCUGCUGGGAGGAGUCACUAUUGCCCAGGGGGGAGUCUUGCCCAAUAUCCAGGCUGUUCUGCUCCCCAAGAAGACAGAGAGCCACAAGCCCAAAGGCAAAUGA